GCCCCCUGCACGCAAGUUGCACCCCUCGUCUCCCAACUCUAUCCAACACCAUGAUCCCUCACGGAAAGUCCACGUCCUUGCCCGACUCGGACAUCGUCUACGACCAUGACUAUCUGGGAACGGUAGCAUCGCAUGCUCCUGAGACCCUGAAACGGCCGUAUCGUCUCAACACCGACACGAGCAUUGAAAAACCCUAUGUUGCGCGUGCCUCGUACGCACCUGAUGUCGAACACCCGCAAGGCACUCCCGUACACGCGCAGAAAUACAAGGACUACUCCGUCUUGCAACAACAUUGCCUGUUCUGGGACAGAGAUGGUGACGGUCAAAUAUGGCCUUGGGAUACCUACAUCGGCUUCCGGGACCUAGGGUUCAACAUCAUCUUUUCCCUGUUCGCCGUCUACGUGAUCAACGUCUGCUUCUCCUUCCCAACCCGCCUCGCGCACAGCUAUCUCCCUGACCCCUUCUUCCGCUUCUAUCUCCCCGGCGCGCACAAGUCCAAGCACGGCUCCGACUCGGGCGUGUACGACACCGAGGGGCGGUUCAUCCCCUCGCGAUUCGAGGACAUGUUCACCAAGUACGCCUACUCCGCCGCGCCCGCCGACUCGCUCUCCGGGCACGAGCUAUUCCGCCUCAUACACGGCCAGCGAGUCGCGGUCGACCCGUACGGCUGGAGCGCGGCCGUCUUCGAGUGGGGUACGACGUACCUGCUCAUACAGAAGGGCGGGCGGAUCUCGAAGGAGGACUUGAGGAGGGUGUACGACGGUUCGCUGUUCUGGGAGAUCAAGGCGCGGAGACAGACGAAGGAGGGGUGGAACAAGGGAUGGGGUUUGGGAGGCGAUGGCUUCGUUGGCGGAGAGAAGCUCCUGCCGUUCAGGCUAUGAGUGGUCUUGAUGUAGCGAAACGGAUGGUGCCUUCCGAGCGUUGUUGUAGCACUGUAUAAUAUGUCAAGGUAAUCGCCUGAUGUAUCCAUAGUAUGUUGAACGUAAUCUUGUCCUUCGAUCACUACCCAAGCGCACGAGAGGGAAGACCAGUGGGGGUAGUCGGAAGCCGGGUCUAAUGCAGCCCAACAUCGACAUAGCCUAUGACGCAUUGCACG